AUGUUGUCGUUGCAACAAGCGGAGGAGAGGCUCUACAGCUUCCGGAGUUUGAAGGAGAAAUUUGAAAAGCCUAGAUUCGGCGGUGGAGUGCAACGAAGCGCCACACAUGCCGACAUGCCGCACCGUGGAGGCACCAUCGCUGAAAGGCUGGCUGCGCUUCAAGCGGCUGGAGCGAAUGACUGGCGAGCGAGAGUCUGCCGUUUGAGUCCCGAGAGGGAUGAUUCCAAGGCGAUUGAGAGAGCUAAAAAUAGGAUUAAUAAUAUUCCGGUUCUCAUCCUGGAGAUACAAAAACAUUUUAGUUCAGCGGACAGAGUAAUCGGCAACUGA